CAGCCUUGUGAUGUGUGGGGUAUUCCAGUGAUUUAUCCACACACGGUUACGUUUAUUUACCCGGCUCUUGUCUAACAUUUUAAAGCCUGAAAUCUUCCCUAGAUUGAACUUUUGAACAUAAUGAGUAGUCUGUGCUGCUCAGAUCUUCAAUAUUAGUCUUCAUAUAUAGCCCAUCAUAAAGUAGCCGUAGAGUCAAAGAGUUUACAGGAUCAGGGGAGAGCAUGGCCCAUCUAGAGGAGUCCCAAACUGAGGGAGAAGGCAGCCCCCAGAUGAUCUCCUUAAGAUCAGAGAUGUCAGGGAACCAUGUGGCCGAUGGAGAAGUGGGAGCCCCCAUAAGGAGGAAGAGGAGGAAGAAGAAAGACCAGCGUCCAGAGUCCAUUAUUGUUUACCACUCUGAAAUGGAGAGGGGCUCUGGAGAGGACCAAGGCAGUGAGGAGGGAGCAGAGAGGAGCACGGAGGAGGGAGCUAAAUUCCUCUGCACACCUACAGGAGAAGAAGAAGGGUGGAGCCUUCCUCCAGACAGCCGCUACGUGACGCUGACAGGCACCAUCACCCGAGGAAAGAAGAAGGGUCAGCUGGUGGACAUUCACCUCACUUUGACAAAGAAGGAAAUCAGGGAUCUGGCUAAGUCCAAGGAACGUCUCGACGCAGAAUGUGAGGCAGGGGAAGGCUACAAACGCAACUGCGGCUUAGGCGUGUGUCAGGGACCCCAUGUCGUCCUGUGGAGCCUCUCCUGCGCUCCUGUGAUUUUCCUCCUCUCCUUCAUCACUUCCUUUUACUACGGCACUCUUACCUGGUACAAUGUCUUCCUGGUGUACAAUGAGGAGCGGACGUUCUGGCACAAGAUUACAAUAUGCCCCUUCCUCAUCAUCUUCUACCCCAUGCUCAUCAUGCCCAUGGCGCUGUCCCUGGCUCUGUACUCUGCCGUGGUGCAGGUGUCCUGGGCCUUCAGUGAGUGGUGGCAGGACGUGAGAGAUAUGGAGAAAGGUUUCUGUGGCUGGGCCUGUGGGAAGCUGGGACUGGAGGACUGUUCCCCCUACAGCAUAGUAGAGCUUCUUGACUCUGAUACUGUUUGUGGCACUCUGCAUAGCAAGGCCCCCAGUGAACUUGCCCAGACAUCAUCAGUGUGAAGUGGUGGUAUGCUGAGGUGCAAGGCACAUAUAGGAGUAGGCCUAAAUCCAAGUGAUACGCAAGAAAGUUAGAGUUGCUUAUGGGGAAGUACUUGAAAGCUUUUCUGUAAUUGAUGAUCAAACACUACCUGAACAGUUCCGAAAUUCAGAUCUAUUAUGCAUCAUGGGAUCCAGGCCACUAUAAAUUAUUCCUCUAAGCAUGCGAGUGGUAAUUUUUGUUAUUUUUAAGUUGUUAUGGUUAUCCUCCAACAACUGAAUCCUUCUUAUAACUUUUUGAUAUUUUAAGGCCUCAGUGCCUCCUGUAGUGAAAUUUGGAUAAUCUCACCUUGUUCACUGCUACAUAUGUUGUUGGAGUCCUGAAAGUUACACCAAGUUCCACUUCAUCUGUAAAUAUCUGUAAUUAAAUGUAUGUGCUCACAGAGCUGCGCACUGACGUAAAAAACUGGAUGCAUUUCAAAUGCUUGUAUGUAAAGUCAUCAUAAUCUGUGAAGUUGUAUUUGAAGUAAGGCUGGAUUACUAACCGGAAACAGUGGGUUCAGAAAUUACUUUAUUAAAUGUGUUUUAUUACUGAUUGAUCUGGGUGUAUGCACCAUCCACAACAAUAUUGUUCAAAUAAUGAGCACUUGGGGAAAUACGACAACUUUCCCCUUUACCCUCACUAGCAUUUCCUUUAGUUACUGUGGUUCCGCUAGUUCUUUUAUUUGGGAUAGUGACCGCAAAUAAUUGACAUUGCUUGUCUUUGGUAACUUGGGAUAGCUACCAGGAAAAAGAGAGAUGCAUCCUCUUCCUGUUUCUUUGUGCUUCUUCCUGUUUCUAUUGGGCAAAUAACAUUUAUUGUACAAUUGAUAGGAAAUCCUUAUUGGAAUGAUCAGUCCAGUUUUUUGGGGGGAGAGUUGGGGGGGGGGAAUAUCAAACCAUCUUAAUCCAUUAAUAAAUACCUGUAUUUUUAGGAUGAUAUUGUUUUAAAUGGUGCAUAUUCCUAAAACGUUUUGCAUUUCGUAAAGGAAGUUGCUGACACGAGUACUUACUAGUGUCUGGGCAUCUAAAUGUUGCUGCUUUUUGCACACAUUAAGUACAUAGUGUUACAGUGUUCUGACAGACAGAAGAACAGGGAUCAACAGCAGGUUAAUCCAGCCAUUUUUUUGAAGCCAUAGUCAGAAAAAGCUGACAAAUUAGGCAUUUCUCUGGUGUAGUCAUGUGUUUUCAUUGUUAUUCUUGGCACCAUCAACACAGAUGUGUGUGAUCUUAAACUACAUGUGUUGUCUUCACAGUUUUGUUCCACACACAACUUAAAAAAGUAGUAAUUUUCCAGUGUUCAUGUUACAUUUACACCCAGUUAUAUUUGAAUGUUGAUUUAAUUUAUUUUAAGACUACUCACUUCCUGUCUUUGUUGUAGCUAUUUGUUUUAUACUCUGGCACUAAAUGUAUUGCAAAUGGUUAUCAUGAACAGAUUUUGUUGGUUUAAAUUGAUCAGAUAGUUAAAAUAUUUGUUUUAAAAAAUAUUUAUGAUCAGUCCUUGUUUGGUUGUAUUAUUCAAUUUUGUUUCAAACAAACAGUGACAUUGAUCAGUGGUUGUGUCUUUAUUCCAUGUUACAUGUUGUGAGACCACAGGAUGCAAAGUAAAGAAGUACACAAA